UCGCUCCAUGGACGAAGCGGCGGCGGCGGAGCCCCGCGGCGGGCUGAACGGCUCGUUCAACGCCUCGGGCGGCAACCAGUUCGAGCAAGCGGCGUGGCAGGUGGCGCUGUGGGCGGUGGCCUACUCUCUGGUGGUGCUGGUGGCGGUGGUGGGCAACGCGGUGGUGGUGUGGAUCAUCCUGGCCCACAAGAGGAUGCGCACCGUCACCAACUAUUUCCUGGUCAACCUGGCCUUCGCCGAAGCCGCCAUGGCCGCCCUCAACACCCUCGUCAACUUCACCUACGCCGUGCACAACGUCUGGUACUACGGGCCCUUCUACUGCCGCUUCCAAAACUUCUUCCCGGUCGCCGCCGUCUUCGCCAGCAUCUACUCCAUGAUGGCCAUCGCCGUGGACAGAUACAUGGCCAUUAUCCACCCAAUGCAACCACGCUUAUCAGCCACAGCCACCAAGUUUGUCAUCUGUGUCAUAUGGCUACUGGCAUUGUUGUUAUCAUUCCCACAAGGUUACUAUGCAAGAACAGCAGAACUGCCAGGUCGGGUGGUAUGUCUAGUGGAAUGGCCAGAAAAUCGGACCCAGGUGUAUGAAAUAACGUACCACUUCUCUGUGACUGUGCUCAGUUAUGUCUUACCACUCAUAGUGAUAGGCUAUGCCUACACGAUGGUUGGCAUCACGCUGUGGGCUAGUGAGAUACCGGGGGACUCUUCAGACCGGUACCACGAACAGGAGUCUGCCAAGCGCAAGGUGGUGAAGAUGAUGAUCAUUGUGGUGUGCACCUUUGCUUUCUGCUGGCUGCCCUUCCAUAUCUACUUCCUCUUCCAGUAUAUUUGUGUCGAAUGGUAUGAACAAAAGUAUAUUCAGCAGGUCUACUUGGGAAUCUUAUGGCUGGCCAUGAGCUCCACCAUGUACAACCCCAUUAUUUACUGUUGUCUCAAUGAAAGGUUCCGGAUUGGGUUCAAGCUUGCUUUCCGGUGGUGCCCUUUCAUCAAUGCCAGCAAGUAUGAAGGGCUGGAAAUGAAGUCAGCCCGGUACCUCCAGACCCAGAGCAGCAUGUACAAGGUCAGCCGGAUGGAGACAACAGUAUCUUCCGUCAUUGGCAACCCAGAGGAGGAACUUGAGGACAGCAGCAAAAUGAAGCGUCUCUCGGUGGAUAUGACAUCCAACGGCUCUUCCCGCAGUGACUCUAAGACAGUGUCGGAGAGUUUGAGCUUCUAUUCCAACACACUUUCCUAAGCAACCCAUCCCUCCAAGCAAAGGUCACCAAAAAUGUGUCUCAGUCACAAGUGUGACGUGAUUUCCAUCUCCCUAAUGAAACCACUGUUGUUUGUAAAAAGAGAGAGAGAGAAGAAGAAGAAGAAGAAAGGAGAAGAAAUGCUCACAUCCUUUCCAGCAUUAAUCAUGAGUGGAGCUUGCCUUCCUUUGUGAUAUCUGCUGUGAUGUCCCGUCUGGUAACUCAAAUAAUGAUCUUCAUUAACGAUGGGUUCUUGUAUAUGGAUCCUGUGUUGUGGUGCAGUGCCCUCCUCCCUCAUUCUGAAGUUCCCUUGGCUAAUCACCAAAUAUAAUCACUGCAGCUUUAUUUUAUCCAGCCCCUGUUGCUCAUCAUCUCUCUGCAUCUGUCAGUUUGGGGAUCAUCUCUCUCUUCCAGCUUCUGUAUGCAUCACAGUUAAUGAGGAAGAUGCAGACAAGAUAGAUAAUCUUUUGUGCUAAGAAUUAGGGGUGGAAAUUUAUAUUACAUAAAUCAUUACGAUACUGUCUGAGCUUCCUAAACUUAUUUUUCACUGAAAGUUGAAGCAUAUUCAAAAUUGGAAAUUCAGAAUUCAAAAUUUUAUACACAAAUAUGAGGAUUUGAAUACACAGGGUUUUUUCUUCCCAAACUGGCUGCUUCCCUCUGUGUAUAUCAGAUAUAUUUCCAAGAUUGUUGUAAUCAUGUGUACUUUUCUCUUCCAUUCACCAGCUCUACUUACACUCAGUUAAGGAAACACCUCAGCUCCUUGUAUCAGUUUAUGCCUACACAUCCUCCAAAUAAGAUUAAUUUCUUUAGAGAAUUCCAAAAGGUGUACUGGAAACCAACCAUGUUCAGGGUGCAUGUGCUUUGGGAUGUGCAUGACUUCUUUAUGAAGAAAUACUGGGAUAACAUAUUAGUGAGAAAUUUGGGGAAUGCAUGCAGAAAGCCUGUAUUAGGAGUUCAGCCUAGCCUUCUCAUUGACCUGUGUAUGGUUGUUUUCACUGAGAGCUAUUCAAACGUGUGUGCACAUGAAUGUGAACAUGAAAAUACAUCCACAGAGGCAGUUCAAGAACAUUUGGUUCUACUGAUUGUCCAAACUGGCCAUCUUGUAUCUAUUUCUGCUUUGGUUCUCCCAUUUACCUGACUGGCAAAGCAACAGCUGCAUAGGUGGGCAAAUACUUCCUAGCUACAGGCUAGGAAGGAGAUGUGACUCAGCACAGCACCAUGCAAAAAGUCCCUGGUAGAGCCCCUAGCACCUCCAGUUAAAUGAACUCAGGGAGAAGGUACUUUCUGUGACCAAGACCCUGGAGUGCUGCAGCCCAGCAGAGCACAUGAUACUGAACUAGACGGACUCAGCAUAAGACAGCUUUGUAUGUUCACUUCUACCUACAGGCACCAUUAAGACAGGUCUUUUGGAGCAUUUGCUGCUUAUGUAGAGUUGCAAAUGGCAAAGAACCAGCAGGAAGGUGCAGAUAUAUGGCAGAGCCAAUGCUAGCAUGAGGCUCACCUAACACAGAUGAGUGGUGGAUAAUGUGAUGAAACCAAGAAGGAUCUGGCAAAAGGAGGGUUGCAGAUAAACAUGGGACAAGGUACUUCAACAGGAUGUAAUAUGCUCUGUUGUCUCACUUAAACACUAUUAUAAAUGAGAAGAACAAAUAUCUUUUUGCUGCAAGAAUCAUAGCCAAAGUAGUUUCAUUGAUUUAUUUGGGGCAUGGAAGGAUGAGAUGUACAAAUGGACCUCCUGUUCCCGUAAUGGUGCAGAUGCCAUAGUGCAUGCAUGCUAAGGGGGAAGGUAACUAACAUGCCUCAUCCAGGCACAACCAGUGUGCACUCCUUCAAGAGGAGUGAAAGAGCCAUAGUUCAGUGGCAGAGCAUCUCCUUUGCAUGCAGAAGGUCCCAGGUUUAAUCCCUGCCAUCUCCAAUUAAAAGGAUAAGGUAGUGGAUGCUGUAAAAGACCUCUGCCCGAGACCCCAGAGAGCUUCCGUCAGUCAAAGCAGAUGACUGACCUUGAUCAUUCUAAAAAAUGAUAAAUGAAUUACCUGCCUUGAGAGAAAUAGUGUUGAAUAUCAGAUGGUGAGAGGCAGGUUCAAAUCCCCACACCCAUAAACUCAUAACUUUGGGCCAGUUAUCUCAACCUAACCUUCCUUACCAAGCUAAAAUAGAGGAGGGAAGAACCAUUUCUGAGUCUACUUGGGCACCAUGGAGGAAAGAUGGAAUAGUAAUGAGAAAGAAAGACUCUCUGCAAACACUAAAGAGUGUUUGUGACAUACAGGCAUGGCUAAACACCCCAGGUGUUGUCCUGAUAUAGCAAGUCAGGAUAGAGCAGCUGUGUUGUUGCAGCUGCAUUGCAUGAGGGUUUGCAUUAUAUUGAUUUAUUCUGAGUCAUUCUUGUGCCACCUUUUCCAUGAAAAACAUUCUCAAGGUGGCUCACAAAGUAAGUGCAAUACAAGUAUUAAAUGGACCAUAAAACCUCAAAUAGCACAGCUUUGUGUGUCACCAAGUUGUUACUGAGUCAGUGGUGAGUUGGCAAUUAACACCUGCCCAGAUCCAGAAAUGGUCAUCAGCCAACCAAGAAGGAUCCCUUGGCUGAUCCUCCAGUUGUCUACUGCACUGUGGCUGAAAAACAGCUCCCUGUGGCAGCAAAGGAGAAACCCAGGGGCUUUGGAUGACAUCAACCACAACUUCCAUGGGUCCUCAAGAUCCUUCCAGGUCAGUAAUCUUUUUGAGUCUAAUAUGGACAGAGACUAAAUGUGAUGAAGGACACUACUACAUGGAAACAUAUCCUUGCUGUAAAGAACAGUGAUGCCAACAUGUAACAUGAAUAUGAAAUCAAGUGUGGUGUGAAGGCCAAUAGUUCAACCAUGGCCCAUGCUGGUGCAUGGGAGGAACACCAGCACCCCUCUGCAUACAAAGGACUGGCCUACACGUGCAUGUUGUUCGUUCAACAACUGCAGCAUCUAGUGGGUGCUUGCAUGUGCAAUGGGCUGACAAAACUUCAGAUCACCUCUAUUAUGGCAAGAAACUAAGGGGGAAUCAAGCAACAAGAAAGAGAGUCACAUUCUUUCGUGAUGACUGAGUUUGCUUGGGAUGCUUACAAAUAUCUUUGAAGGCAAAAGGUUUAAACAAAAGAAAACCAGGACAGAUGCAAUGUAUCAGCCACAUUUCACGAUGUAUGUGAUUUCUUGUGCAUAUUGUACGGAUUUCUGGGCCACUUUGUUUGUGCCUAAGUGUUUCUACUUACAUUUGCAGCAAGGUAGUCAAGUUGUCUUUUUUUGCUGUGAAAUGAAAAAUGCUAGAUUACAUGACCUGUACGUUGUUACUGUUGACAGUGUAUCCAUCUGCUCUUUUUGUUUACAAAAUGUUCUGAAGUGCUGACAGACCAAGGCCAAAGGUCCAGAUCAGGGCCGUUUCCAGACAGCUUACCUGCCCCCGGAACGUCGUGCCACGUUGCGGGGAAAACACGAAAUAUCGCAUUUUCUCGCACGAGUUUUGCACAACGUCGCACGAUAUUCCGCAUUUUCCCCGCAAUGUGGUGCGACGUUCCGGGGGCAGGUAAGCCGUCUGGAAACGGCCCUGAUCAGAAAUUGUUUCAUGCGCAAAGGGCCAGAAAUGUUAAUCAUAUUAUAUCUUGACAGGCCUUAUGAUUUAUGGCCAAGGAAUUAAAAAGAAACAAAACUGCCCCCCAAAAGAGCCAAAUCAGACCCUCCGCUGAUGUAAGUUGAGGGUGAUGUUACGGAUUUUAAUGGAUCUGUUGACUCAAAAUUCCAAGUAAGAAGUUGACCCUGUAAGGAAAUGCUUGCAAAUAAGAGGUUCUCCAGAGCUGGUGAGGACAGAAUUACAAAAGCAGCAGAGGAGUAUAAAUUUCAGAUAGUUAAAAUGAAAGAUGACUUGUACUCAGAAGCCCAAGAAGCAUCCAAGAUACUUGGAGAGACAAUGACUGCUCCGAAAUUUAAACAAGGCAGCAAGGCCUUAAAUGUCCUCUUUGGUCCAAAUACACUGAAACUUAUCUGGAGAUGCUUACGCCCACUUUCUCCAGAGCAUCCAUUUUGAUCCCAAGGAUUGGGGGGGGGGGGGCAGUUCCACAAGAUUUGGUUCUGAAUAGGGGGUCACUUUCUAUACAACUCUUAACAGAGAUUAAACUAAUUUGUUUCUCUGCGCAAAACAAGAUUUGAUUUCAAGAUUUAGUAUUUGACCUUUGGGGCAAAAUCCAGCCAUUUGCAGCCCCAUAUGUUUCAAUGAGUGGAUUAAAUCUCCUAUGGAUUUAAAUCUCUCCCCUGAUAUUUAGUAUCUGACAGCUGUGACCAAUGAGAAGUGCCAGCAAGAAUCUCAUUAAAAUCUCAUUAAAAUGUGGAUUUUCAUUACAAUUUCAGAAUUUCACUUUCAAAAUGUGAAUGGUGAUACUGGAUUUUUUGUUGUUGCAGGUUUUGAACAUUUGUGAUUAUUCAUAUUAGCUGUAGAUCUUGCAAUAUGUGUUUGCAAGAUCAAACUGCAGCUUUUUACUUUUCAAAUUAACUGGGGGGGGCGCUUUGGUGCAGAGCCCUGAUUAGCAUAGCAGACAGAAGGCCAGACUCGUUCUGUAAAGGGCUGAACACUGGUUGACCAAGCUCAGAGUUCCAAACUACAUGUUACGUUUUACGUGAAUUCCUAGUGGGGACUGGAUUGCAAGUGCAAAUCACCAUGGUGAACACCUGCAAAAUGAAAUGUGUGUUUUGACCCGAACUCUGAAUAGCCUCAAGUGUCCAGAUAGUAUGGGGGGGGGGGCUUUCACUGAAAGUGAAGAUGACCAGAGUGGCAUCGACACAUAAUUGGGUGUUGCACUCUAGCAGUCAUUUUUAAGACAAUCUAGUAGCAAAUGUUUGCUAUAGUGCAAUGAUAGCACAAUAUCCAGAGAUGUACAGAUAUGGCCCAGAGCAGAGGCAAAACUUGGAAUUCAAAGCGGGUGGAGCCUAUGUGUGAAUAGAUGAACCCUAAAAUUUGGAACUAUUUUUUCCCACAUUGGCAGAUCUGUGGCACUCAUAACAUUGAAACACAUGUGUUUCACUUUUUUAAAUUCUGCUUUUAAUGGUAACAGGUCAAUUCGUUUGUAAGCUUUCUCGUCAGCCUUGAGCUAAGAGCAUAUAUACAGAAUAUAAAUCUUUUACUAAAUAAAUAAAAUGUG